CGAGGUCGCAGCGUGCCUGUGUGGGGCCAAGGCGUCUGCUGGGGGAGGUGGAGUGUGCCGUCAUGCAAAAGCCUGAGCUCUUCUCAGAGCUAGCCCUUAAUGCUGUCGGCUGCAAAUGCAAACCGUACGUUGUGCUUAAGAUUUACUAAUCCUGUUGCACUUGAUGUUUCUGAGCCAGUGACCCACAAACUCUCUUUGGAGAGGUAGGAAAAGGGGAGUACAGCCAGAUAAGAUUUCGGUGGCUGCAAAUUUUUGUCGGUCAAAGUCUAUGCGUAGUUGCAUGAUGACAGGCUUUCGCAGAGUAGCCGUGCAGCUGAGAAUAAUCGGGCAGUAGGCCAAAAGAGAUGGUUCCCUCGUCUCCUUUCUCGAGGUAGGUUUUUGUGUUGUUCCCAGAGACUACAAAAUGUGCUGUUACUUGUAGGCUCCGUUAUGUGAUCAGAUCAAUCCAAAACAGGGAUUUAAGCACUUUCUUGUGUGUCUUGAGGGCACACUCUGGUCUAUUAAGAGUAUAACUAAAUGAAGUGAUCCUUCUCUCUUUGGCACUUGUGAGACCACAUCUGAAGUACUAGGUCCAAUCUUGGGUUCCCCACUACAAGAAAGACAUUGACAUACUGGACUUGGCCCAGAAGAGGCCGCCAAGCUGGUCAGGGAGCUGUAACAUAUGACGUACAAGGAGAGGCUGAGAGAACUGGUUCAGUUCACGCUUUAGAAGGAGACAGCUAAGUGCAGACAUUUUGCUGUACCUGAUCAGAGGGAGGCUACUGAGAAGUUGGAUUUUUCUUGGCAGUGCUCAGCAAUAGGACAAGAGGCAACAGACACAAGUUGUAACAGGGGAAAUUCCAAUUAGAUAUUAGGAAAACAACAUUUUUACCGUGAGGGUGAUCACAUGCUGGAAGAAGUUGGAGAUACUCAACAGUUGACUGGACAUGUCCCCAAGCAACCUAUCUAAAUAGGCCUGUUUUGAGCAGAGGGUUGUAUUAGAUGACGUCUGGAGGUCUCUUCCAACCUAAAUUAUUCUGAUUCCAUAUGAUUGUUUCACUUUAGUUCUUGAUUCUAAUCAAGUUUUGGUUGGACUCGUCCAAGGCUCGUAGGUUUUCUACCAAAGUCUCUUCUGAAUCACUGAGAUCUGAACUCUGUCUUUUAACAGAAUAGCUUGUGUGUUGUUUUUUAAUACCCGGCAAAUGUAUCUUUUGUCAUGGAAGGGAGUAACAUGCUGGUAUCUUUUGAGUUUAAAUGUCAUUUAGGCACUUCUUCCCAGCCCCAUGUAAGUUGUGGUUAACGGUCCUUUCCGUUCCUGGUGGCUAUCCCAGGGAUAGUUUUUGUACUAUCCCUAAGUUAUUUACUAAUAUUCCAAUAUUAAACUUAUUCUGCCUUAUCUUCAGAUAGCUUUUUGGUCAGACUGUAUAGGGGGAAUGACAGGGAUAAUUUCAUGUGCUUGUUUGGGUUGAAAAUAACAUUUCCCAUGCUUUGUCUUCGACCAGGAAGUAACGGCUGAGAUCAGAAAUGAACACCACGGAGAUUCUCAGCAGCAUCAUACCAGACAGAGUUACAUUGAAAUCUUUGAUUUCCCCCUUUUUUGGUGUCUUUCUAAACCAGAUUUAAUAGCAGGGUGGUAAAAAUGUGGGAAAGGACCGAUGGUGCUAACUCAGGAAGAAUGAGAAAGGAGUUCAGUUGGUGUUCUAGUUUUGAGUGGUUAGCAAGAUGUUGGUGCUUUGUUAAAAUAUGCCCAGAAAAAGCAUUUUGUCUUUAGUGCUGGAGUCUGUCACGACGCAGUAUUGUACACAAAGUUCAACGGAGAAUGAAUAAUGAAUAGAGUAUUAAACAGAAAUAUCUGAAAUUUUUGCCUGCCAGAACUGAUCUUGAUGAGGACACAAGAGCUUUACUGAGUAUAAAACUUUGACAUUCUCAGUAAAAUUGCAGUCUAGCCUUAUGCCUAUACUAGUAAUGAAAGCUCCUGAUCAGUUAUUAGUGUAGUAGAAUAUUUCAGUUUGGAGGGGAGCUGUGGAGUUCAACCCCCGCUCAUAGCAGGUCUACUUAGAUCACUUUGCUCAGGUUCUUGUCCAGCUGAGUUUUAAGUUGCUCCAGAGAUGCCUCCAAGGGUGACCAGCUCCAAUAUUUGAUGACGUUCCUGGAGCAAAAAGUUAUUCGUUAGGUCUAGUCACAAUUUCUUGUGUUCUAAUGCGUGUCUGUUGCCUCUUGUCUUCUCGCCAUGCGCUGUACUGCACAUGCUGUAGGUAACCAUAUUACCGUCUUGCUGUAGGAGCAAUAGUAGUUAAUGUUUUAAGCUGCAUGAGCAGCACCUGUGUUCUAAAUAAAACAUCUCUAACAAAACUGACACGUUUCGUCUUGUUAACAGUCACGUUUUCUGAAUGUUUUGACAAAGAGCUGCUCAGUUAUUGAGCAGAAGUGUGCAUGUUUAAAAAGUGUGUUUUCCUACACGUCCAUUCAGUGAGUAUAGAAGGAGAAACAAGAAUUUAUGGUGGAAUAACCUUUGAGUGUUCUGGUAAAAACACUUUGAGUCACUAAGACAUGACUUGUUAAGGAUAUUCCUAGAACGUUUAAAAGAAGAAGAUUUAAUUCAAGAGUUGCUAUUUAGUGCUUAGUCAAACUCCUUAUGGAAGUGUGUUGCUGAAGACCCCACAAGUAUCACUCAAAAUACAACAUGAAGUUGCUGGAGUGUUAAAAAGAAAAGGCAGAAAACUUUAGGUCAAAGCUACUGUUCACCAAAAAUAUGUAUUAAUUUUGUCAGAUUUAUAGGGGCUUUCUCUUGCAGAGCUGAGUUCUGGGGGUUUUGGUUUUUUUGUUUUUUUUUUUAAGUUCUUUAACCGUAGGCUCCUCUUGAAGCUCUAAACCUCAACUCGUGCAUACCUUUAAAAUAUAGCUAAUCGGUUAGGUUUCCACAUUCACUGCAGCUUUGUUUGGAGGCCACGUACUUACAUGGUGGCUCUUAGACAGCUGAACUUCGUACUUCCUCAAACCUUUUUCGAUAUAAUCUCUCUGUUACAUAGUAAGUGAUGGAUUGGAGCUGAGGCCAAAAUACCAUGGGAUUCUCCACUGUAUGACCACUAUCUGGAAGCAUGAAGGACUGCGAGGCUUGUAUCAAGGGGUAACUCCAAACAUGUGGGGAGCUGGGGCUUCCUGGGGACUUUACUUUUUCUUUUAUAAUGCUAUCAAAGCUUACAAAAAGGAGGGGAAGCUGGAAAGUCUAAGUGCAACUGAACACCUCGUGUCAGCUGCGGAGGCUGGAGCCAUGACCCUCUGUAUUACAAACCCAAUAUGGGUAACGAAGACUCGACUUGUGUUACAGUAUAACGCUGGUGUUGAUCCAUCAAAGCGGCAGUACAAAGGAAUGCUUGAUGCUCUUAAGAAGAUAUACAAGAAAGAGGGCGUACGUGGCUUGUAUAAGGGAUUUGUGCCUGGUCUGUUUGGAACUUCACAUGGAGCACUUCAGUUCAUGGCAUAUGAGGACUUGAAACUGAGAUACAACAAGUAUAGGAACAGACUAUCAGAUACGAAACUGAACACUGUGGAAUACAUAACAAUGGCAGCCGUAUCCAAAAUAUUUGCUGUGUCAGCAACAUAUCCCUAUCAGGUUGUACGAGCUCGUCUUCAAGAUCAGCAUAAUACAUACUCUGGCGUGUUUGAUGUGAUCCGCAGGACAUGGAGGAGAGAAGGAAUUCAUGGAUUUUACAAAGGAAUUAUUCCCAAUGUGAUCAGAGUGACGCCUGCCUGCUGUAUUACCUUCGUAGUGUAUGAAAAUGUAUCUAGUUUUUUACUUAGUUUUAGAAAAGAGAAUAAUUAAAGGUACAAGCUUUUGUUCAGAAGGAAUUUAUCCUUUAUUUUUUACAUUUAUGAUCUGUGAAAGAUUUAGGCAGCAGUCUACUUUGACAUUGUGAAUUGAUUUAGUAUUUUGAGGGGAGAACCUACAGAUGGUGAAAACCUGCUUACAUUUGUUGCUGAACGUACCUGGGCUGCUCCAUUCCUCUGUCCUCUCUGAAUCAGCAGUGUCUACUUGAAACAAUGUCUGUGCAACUGUGAAAUAGCACUGUGACUGGAUGAAGUGAAAACUGAUAUAAAGGCAACUCUGCAAUCUGUUAAAACUUUAAAUACGGUGUCUUUAUCUGAGUCUUAUGAAGCAUGUAUGUAGCUGUUUACAGAAACGUCUGGAGUCUUCUGAAUCCACCUCUGUGUAAUUUGUCAGAUUUAGGCUAUUGGAGUGCUCCAAAUUGAUUGCUCAUCCAGCACAAGUGCUGCCUCAGCGGUAUGCAGUUUGGAAACUCAAAUUGUUUUGUAAACAGUCAGCUGUCCUUUCUUGUUUUUUGAAUAAUGGCCAAACUGAUGAAACCCCGUUCUUGUUUACUACCAAGACAGAUUUGCAGUGUGGUUUUGGGCUUGCUUGGUUUUAACAUCAGACCAGAGUCCGUGUUGAGCACAUCACUGGCCACUUACUUUUCUCUCUCUCUUCUCUCUGCCUCUAAGCAAGAGAUUGUCUCCCUCACUAAUAUGUCUGACCAAAUAAUAUUAAGUAAAUGCAUAUUUAAAAGUAGGUUACAUAAGAAAAUUUAGGUUUUUUAGUAAUCGUGUAAAUAAUGUUGCAGUUUUCAAGGCACUUUAAAAAACAAAGAUGACCCUGCUUAUUUUGAAUAAUAUUCUUUGAAAAAAAUAGGUAGUCUAAAAAAUGCUGUGCACAGGACUUUUUAAAAAAAAAAAAAAAAAGUCUUCAAAUUUAAUCUAAAGAAAUGACUUUCAAAAUAUUUCAGCUGCUAACUUAGUAGUAAACUAAAUUACCAUAUAUCUCAUAGUAAAUUUGAAUAAUAAUGAUGUUUACUUACAUGACAAAAAUUGCUGUCAAGGAUAUGUACUUUCUGGCGAUCUUGGUUUUUUUUAGUUCUUUGUUAAGAAAAUACACUACUGGCUA